AAAGGAACGCUGUUUCUCUUAGUCGCCAUUUUACGGCAGGAGGUGGUAAGGUUAUUGCAAGUCGGAAUCGCGUUUGAGUGUAAUUAUCAACUUAAAAAAAUGUCUAGAGAUAGAUUUAGGAAUCGUGGUGGCUUCCAAAGACGCGGUGGUAGUGGCGGUGUUAGCGGCAGCGGCGGCCGGGGUGGAAUGGUAGGUGGAAACGGUAAUUACAGACACCAGAACCAGUCUCAGAACAGGAGUCCCAUGCAUCAAGGACAACCACCAAACAAACCCACCACUCCUGGAGGCCAGUCCGCGCCUGGAGCAACGCAGCCACCGCCAAAUCCGCAACAGCUGCAGCAACAAACACAACAGGGCGCUGCCGGCCAAGUGAAGUCCCCACAGUCGGGGCAAAAUAAGGUCCCAGCGUCCCCACCAAAGUCGUCGACCCCAGGAGGACAAACGCAAGACGGGAACCAAAAGGACAAUCAGGAGCCAAGCACAUCACCACCCAAGCAGGAGCCACAAACCGAGGAAGAAAAGGCGGCUGCCACACAGCAGGAACUAAGAGCAACCCUGUCACUGCUCAGAAAACCUGGAGAGAAGACUUACACCCAGCGAUGUCGUCUAUUCAUUGGAAACCUGCCUACCGAUAUCUCAGACGACGAGUUUAAAAAAUUGUUUGCCAAGUACGGAGAACCCAGCGAGAUCUUUAUAAACAAAAUCAAAGGAUUUGGAUUCAUUCGACUAGAAUCCAGAGCAUUGGCAGAGAUUGCUAAAGCAGAGCUUGACGACUUCCCUAUGAAAGGAAGGCAACUCCGGGUCCGCUUUGCAACACAUUCUGCUGCUCUUUCUAUCCGCAAUCUUUCUCCGUUUGUUUCAAAUGAAUUACUUGAGGAAGCCUUUUCUCAGUUUGGCCAAGUGGAGAGAGCUGUGGUGAUUGUGGAUGAUAGAGGCAGGUCAUCGGGCAAAGGAAUUGUGGAAUUUGCAUCCAAACCAGCUGCAAGGAAGGCUUUAGAUAGGUGUCAUGAUGGGGUUUUCCUGUUAACAGCGUCUCCUAGACCUGUCAUUGUUGAACCCCUGGAGCAGUAUGAUGAUGAAGAUGGCCUUCCAGAGAAGCUUGCUCAGAAAAACCCCAUGUUUCAGAAAGAGCGAGAGCAACCACCACGGUUUGCACACCCUGGUACUUUUGAAUAUGAAUAUUCACAGAGAUGGAAGUCAUUGGAUGACAUGGAAAAGCAGCAACGGGAGCAGGUGGAAAAGAAUAUUAAGGAAGCCAGAGAGAAACUAGAGAGUGAAAUGGAAGAUGCUUAUCAUGAACACCAAGCAAAUCUUUUGCGGCAAGAUCUUUUGAGGCGUCAGGAAGAACUAAGACGCAUGGAGGAAAUGCAUAGCCAGGAAAUGCAGAAACGAAAGGAGAUGCAGUUGCGGCAAGAGGAGGAACGGCGUAGGCGUGAGGAAGAAAUGAUCCUGCGUCAGAGAGAAAUGGAAGAGCAAAUAAGAAGACAGAGGGAGGAUUCUUAUCGCAUGGGAGGAUAUAUGGAUAAUCGUGAAAGGGAUAUGAGAAUGAGUGCUGCUGGAACCAUGGGCAUGACUGAAUCACCACCAUAUGCACCCGGCAAUCAGAAGUUUAUGGGUGGUAUGGGAUUUGAUGCUCAAGGAAUGAGUUCUGCAGCUCCUGGAGGCAUGGCUGCCUCUAUGAUGGGCGGUGAAAUGCGGGGUGAGCGCUUCAGUCAGGGAGGACCGAGCCCUAUGGGAGGCCCCUCUGGCCCUCGAGGGAUGGGACCUGGGUUUGGUAGGGGGAGAGAAGAGUAUGAAGGCCCGACCAAGAAGCAAAGAUUCUAAAGGCACUAUCUGUAGCUUCCAUUCCAGCGAGAUCUCCAUUUUGAGCCAGAUUUUUUUUAAAUCAGUUUUUGCAUUUUUAGUGUAUCCAUUUUAUGCUCAAUGCUGUUUUGUACCUGUAAAUGGUUAAAUAUGCUAGCUUCUUAGAAUAUCAUGUUUAUUGAACAGCUCCAAGUUGUCCUGUGUAAGUAUGCUUUACUUUUAUGGCUGUGUUCUGUGCCAUUUAUCUUGAAGUUUGUAUAUUUUUAAGUUUAUUUCAAAUAAACAUUUCCAAUGUUUAAAGUUCA